AGUUGUGUUGUUGUUUGUGGCGGUAAGAUGGCGGCGCUCGGAGACGCCUCAGCUCCGGGGGUUAACGGGUUAAUACAACAGUUCACAGCGAUAACAGGAGCCACAGAGAGUGUUGGGAAACAUAUGUUGGCCUGCAAGAACAAUUUGGAGAUGGCAGAGUGACCAUGUUUCUGGGAUGGAGGUGGUAUCGCAGAGGAGCCCAGCACCAGCUCCAGUUUGUCAGCUUCUAGCAGCAGAGCUCCCCCGACUGAUGAUGUUCGAGCACCCAUUCCCCAGAAGCAGGACAUACUGGUGGAACCAGAACCACUGUUUGGAGUGCCAAAGCGACGAAGACCUGCUCGAUCUAUAUUUGAUGGUUUCCGGGACUUCCAAACAGAAACAAUCCGCCAGGAGCAGGAGCUGCGUAACGGUGGAACAGUGGAUAAGAAACUGAGCACCCUGGCAGACCUUUUCCGUCCUCCCAUCGAGCUCAUGCACAAAGGCAGCUUUGAGACGGCAAAAGACUGCGGACAGCUGGAGAACAAGUGGCUCAUGAUCAAUAUUCAGAAUGUCCAGGACUUCGCCUGCCAGUGCCUGAACAGGGAUGUGUGGAGUAACGAUGCGGUGAAGAACGUCAUCAGAGAACAUUUCAUAUUCUGGCAGGUAUAUCAUGACAGUGAAGAAGGGCAGCGAUACAUACAGUUUUACAAGCUGAACAAGUUCCCCUACAUCUCCAUUCUCGAUCCCCGCACAGGUGAAAAAAUGGUGGAAUGGAACCAGUUGGAUGCAGCAUCAUUUCUGGAGCAGGCGCCAGCUUUUCUGACAGAGCACGGGCAGCUCGACGCAUCGUCCCAUCCACCCCCUGCCAAAAGAGCUCGCGCGGAGAGCCUGAUUGAUGCGAGUGAAGACAGUCAGCUGGAGGCAGCGAUUCGAGCCUCCCUACAGGAGACCCAUUAUGAAUCCUCAAACGUACCAGAUGCUCCAGAUUCUCCUCGAUCGGAUGAUGACUCGGAGGCGGAGCCUUUCUCUGACAGUGAAGGACCCAUUUCUGUUGAUGGGUCAGACAGUGAAUUGCCAGAACCUCAAGAAGAGAAAAGUUCGUCCAACAAACACACCUCAGCCCCUCUGGGUACUGCUGCUCAACAAAGGCUUCAUCCCGACAGCCCCACGCUUUGCUUGAAAAAGUCCUCUUCCAAAGAAAACACCCACAGUCACAAGAAGGAGGAUAAAAAGAACCACCUGGAGCCCUCCACUCUAGGUCCACGUCGUGCUCCACCCGAUACAGAUUCUGGAGAGAAUCACUGUACCGCAGUGUCCCAAAACGCUGGACCCUCCAGCACCAGCAACACCAAUGCUUGUGACUUGGAUACACCCGAUGACAAUGGUCCCAAAGCGAGAUUGAUGCUUCGUUACCCAGAUGGACAGCGAGAGCAAAUUUCCUUGUCUUCUAAAGCAAAACUUAUGGCACUGGUAAGACACGUCCAGUCUAAAGGUUACCCUAAUGAACGCUUCGAACUUGUUACCAACUUUCCUAGAAGGAAGCUCGCCCUCUUGGACUAUGACAUCACACUGCAGGAGGCGGGACUUUGUCCACAGGAGACUGUAUUUGUGCAGGAGAGGAACUAGUCUUCACACACACUUUUUAUCAUCUGUAUCUAUUUGGUAGACCUCACCUUUUCACCUGUGAUCUGGAAUAUUGUGACUGGCCUCGAUCCUAUAACCUGUUCUCCUGGAAUUAGGGUCCCUCCUUGACCAGACAUAAGUUUGUGGAUCCCCCCCCCACCCCCACCACCACCACUAGUCGGAUUACCGAUAUAGCCACCAUUUCACUUUUAGUGCUCAAGUUGCACAAUUUAAACGUGUUAUAUUUUGUUCUGAUGUAGGCUUCAUUUGGAUUUGAUCCUUUGAAGCAAAUCAGGAUGGAAUAUAUUGAAAUAAACAUCAGCCAAAGCAUUGACCGUUAAGGAAGAUGAGGCACCAGAGACUCAUUUAAAAAAAAAAAAAAAAAACUAAGGUUUUACCUCCCAGAAAUAUUAAAUGUCGCACUUCAUUUUCCAGCUCUUCUUGAACCUGAGGACAGGUAACGGGAGGCUCACUUGAGUUUGUUUUUCAACCAUGCUGGGCCUCUAACUCAGGUUGGUAUUUGGAAAGGUACGGGACCUAAAUAGACAAAGUUUGAAAAUUACAAGUCAAAAACAGUAAGUUAAAUAAAUGUGCCAGGUAUCCAUGGCACACCUCUGUACCGCCACAAAUCAGAAAAAGCUGAGAAUGUAUGAACAGAGGUGGGGAGGGAACCGCCCUGAUUCUUACAUUUAGUUUGAUUUCUGCUGCACUGGACAAAGUAUGAACCCAUGAUAGUUCAUGUUUUAUGUGGUCCGCUUCAUUUCAUUUGUGAAUAUUCAUCACGCAUUUAAAGCUUAUAACACAUUCCAAAACAAAAGUUAUGAUAAAGGAUUUAUCACUUAAUGAUGUCAUGUCAGGUGUGAUUUGUCCCAUUUUUCCUGCAGACAAGUUUUAAGUUGUGCAACUGUGCACAGUCGUUCCAUUUUUCCUUUUAGAAAUUCUCCACACAUUCUCUGUUGGGGCGGGUCAGGACUGCAGGCAGACCAGUCCAGUACCCAUACCUUUGUAAUGUGUACAGAAUGUGGUUUUGUAUUGUGGGCAUCCCCGGAAAAGAUGUCAUCUUGCAGGCAGCAUAUGUUGCUCGAAAAUCUCAGUGUACACUUCUGCAUUAAUGUUGCCAUCACACAAGUGUAAAUUACUUUUGCCAAGGGCGCUGACACAACCUCACACCAUGACAAACCCUGACUUUUGGACUUGUUGCUGAUAAUGGUCUGGAUGGUCCUUUUCAUUUUUGGUCUAAAGCACAUGGUGUUGUCGCAACCCCCCCCAAAAAAAAGAUCUGGAAUGCUGAUUUCAUCUGACCACAAUACGUUUCCACUUUGCGAUGGGAAAACCCAGAUGCCUUUGAGCCCAGAGAAGUUGAUGCUACUUCUGGAUAAGGACAACAUUAAUCUUCUAUUUUGCACAGUAAAGUUUUAAGUGGCA